UUUCUUUGGGGGGCGGGGGUGGGGGAGUAGAGUCUAUUUAUUUUCUGGGUAUAGAUAGCAACUCAAAGUUUCUCUCCUCGCAAGGAGCAAGCACAUAAACUUACUAUAACAAAUGAGGAUCAGAAAACCUUUUGUUCUGGUCUUGCUUUUAUCCCUUCUAAUUGCAGUUGAAUCAGCUUCCCUGUUGCCUCUUCUCCGAGGAGCUACUGCAUUGUUCAAUAAAUCGUUAUGGAGCAAAAUACUCAGAACUGUCGAAAGCCCUAAAUAUUCCAGGUUCAAUUCCCAAGCACGGAAUGAUUUGAGAAAACCCAUGCGCGACAAGCGUGACCGUCUCCAAAUAGGAGACGUCGUCGAGGGCAUAUCCCAGCUUCAAGACUAUUUUGAGUUGUUCGGUCACCUUAAUUCCACUUUGAAUUCAAACUUCACCGAUGUAUUCUCCGCCGACGUUGAAUCAGCCAUCGAACGCUUCCAGAAGACUUUCAACCUCAACGUCACCGGCCAGCCCGACAACGCAACUUUGUCGCUCAUCUUUCUGCCGCGAUGCAGCCUGCCUGACUUCAUAAAUGGCACCUCCACUGUGCUGGACAAUCGCACGACGUCGUUUGCCCAGUGGUGGGAGGACGGGAAGAAAGAUUAGUUACGCGUUUUCACCUGAAGUUAAAACGUCGACGUCGUUUAAGGAUGCGUUCGCCGACGCCUUCCAAUGGUGGUCGAACAAGACGACGUUGAACUUUACAGAGAUGACGUCGUUCAACGAAGCUGACAUUCAGAUCAUGUUCUUGCCAUUGGAUGGGAAUCUAGGAGUGGUAGGCGGCGCCUGGUUCGAUAAUAAGACAAAGAAGUGGAACGUUGUUUUGGACUCCGACGAGAAGUGGGUGGUUCAGACCGAGGACAUGAAGAAGAGUGACGAUCUUUACCUGGAGCCGGAAGUCAUCCAUCAGAUUGGGCACGUGCUUGGACUGAAUCACUCAGCGAUAAAGCAGGAUAAUAUGAACCCUUUAAUUCAGACUCAGUCAUCGGACGGCGGAGGAGGCGGAGGUGUAGGGCUGAGAUGGGGCCUGGUUUCAACUUUAUGGCUCGGAGUUACCUUGCUUUUCUGGUUGUGAUGGACAUGGUUAAAUUCGAAGCCCGAGUCACCAGAACUCUGAGCAGUCGAAAGUGUGCUGUUGUUAAUUGUUACUUUUACAUUUCAUGAAUCUUUUUCUUUCUUAAACGUAUCAUGGUUUAAUUUCUUCUCGCUUGGGGUACUAUGGGUUUCCACUGUGAUAUUUAUACAGUUAUUGAGAAUUUUAAUGUUUGUAAAACUAUUUGGUGUUGCUUGUUACGAUGGACGCUGUUCAAUCAAUAAUCAACAUUUUGAAGGGCGAAA